UGCAUUCAUCGUGAUUUAGCAGCUCGUAAUGUUUUGGUACGAAAGAAUUGUACCAUUCGCAUAGCGGACUUUGGACAGGAUAGACAGUGGGAUUAUCAGUAUCUUGUGAAGAGCAUUCAGUACGCAUCACCGUUUAAGGCGAUGGCUCGGGAAUCAAUCAGCGAUUCGAGAUUCAAUGAAAAGUCAGAUGUUUGGUCUUACGGAAUCCUCCUUUGGGAGCUGUUCACGCUUGGUGAUGAUCCAUUCAAAGAGUUUGAAACAGCGGAUAAAUUGACGAGUUUUUAUGAAAGUGGUGGAAGGCUUCCGAAACCAGCGUUUAUGCCGGAUGACAUGUAA